AACCGUGGAUAUGUGUAUGGAAACGACAAACGCGCGCCGGUAGAGUUAUAUGGGAAACGCAUGUAGUCCCAUUCGACAACGAGCUCAAUGUGCACCCGGAGUCUACAGUUUCCCAUCCGGUAUCCAAUAUAUUUGAUAUCGAAACAAUAUCAUAUUUACUACCACAGCUGGGGGAAGUCUCAGUGCCGAUCGGUGUUUCAUGCGCUCUGGAUAUAAUUAAUUUCUGUAGCAAGGAGCUUUCAUUGUUGUGGAGGAAUACAUUUGAUCUGUCAAGGCUAUAGGGAGGUGACACAAAUCAGAGCACGAUACGGAUAGGACUACAAUGGAUCCGAACUGGGAGGACGAGCUGCAGUCGCAUCGGUUCGAGAUGACCCGAGUUCUCCGACCGGAUCGGUACUUCGAAAAGUUUCGGAGCGAGCGAAUCCUGGACGAGAGCGACACACAAGUCAUAAACAACGAGACGAAAAAUCCCACACGGGACAAAAAAGCAGGUCAAUUUCUCGACAUCGUGCGAGAACGAGGUCACGUGGCCUACAAACUGCUCCUAGAAUGCAUGGAAGCCGAUCACCCGGAUCUAUACAAGAACAUCACCGGUAUUAACCCGGAACCAAAAUCAUGGACGAUUGGCCUCAGCAAGACUUGCUCGUGUGAAUGCCACGACGAUCGGAUCUCGCUGGAUCUGAUGGAGGCUUACAAGAAGGAGAAACAGCAGAACAUCUCCCUGAGGAGAGAGCUUGAGAAAUUCACCAAGACCUAUGACAAGGGACUCGAGGAGAAACUCAAGCUGAAGCACGUGAAUGAAACCAUGAAAAAGCAACUCGACGUGCUACAGUCAGAAACAGGAGAAGUACAAAAGUUAAAGGACGAAAUCCAGUGGAAGCGAUUUCAGAUAUGUGAUCUUCAGGCGAAAGCUUACGAGGCCCAGACGCAGUUGAUUUCGUCCAACGAUAAACUCAGAAAGGUGAACCUGGAAAACAAUGCCUUAGAGAACAAGGUCCGGGAGGCCCAGGCCAGGCUGACUCUCCAACGCAAGAAAUCAACACGGUUAGAGCAGGAGAGAUCGACGGACAGGAUGCAAGCCAGCGAAACCCUGAGGUCACUCGUCGACCAACUCCAUGAACUAGGUCUGGACCGAGCCAAAAAGAUGGAGGACAAACCACCAGUGAACAACGAUGUACACGAUCAGACCAAACUGGAUAUAAUGGUAGCUGAUAAGGAAGAGGCCGUGACCAAGUGCGAAGAGACUGUCAAUGAGCUAGUCAAAGUACGUAAACAACUCUACGAGGUCCAAGAGGCGAAAACGAAGUUAGAGGCCGAGAAUGAAGAGUUAGACACAGCUGACACCUUGCUGAGGGAGGAACGUGAUAUGGUGAUGGAGCGUCUAGAAAUGGCGCAAGAGGAAUUGACGCAAGUCAGUGCAGAGCGGUCACAGGCCAUCUCUGAGAGGAACAGGUCUUUUGAAGAGACAGCUAGGUCCAUGCUGGAACGUGAUGAACUGGUAAACAAACUCAACAACGAGAGGCAAGCGUUUCUCAAGCAAACACGCCAGCUCUUUGAUCACAAAAGUAAAGUUCAGCAGCUUAAACGAGAUAAAAGGUUACUCCGCCAAGACGGUCAUCAAUCCUUAACUUUAUCAGUGAGCAUUGAUGGCUCAAAUGACUCCAAGAGAAGUUCUGGUGCCAAUGAAGUCAGUUAUCUCGAGGGCGGAAACGCAGGCGCACCGUCAACCGAUACCGCCAAACCAACGACGGUGGCGGACGGAUCGCCAUCAACACAACUCCACACUAAACGUUCCAUCAGCCAGAUCAAUCAAUCCGGCUUCGAUGCCGACGACGACGAUGAUUUUGUCGAUUACGAAUACCCAGUGGGGUGGCGCAAACGUUCUCAGGUGGUGUCGCAUGGUGAAAUCCCGGCGGCUGUGCGGGAACGGAGGGCUAGCAACGCGUCGAAAUCCGACAACCCAGGGGAACUAACCAGUCGACCUGACAGAAACGAGGAUCGUGACUCCGGCAAUGUAUCCGGCAUCGACCAGGCCAAUGAAAGCUCCGAUAGGAUCUUGGACUCACUCCCGUGUGAUGUUGAUGAAAAAAUUGGCACGCUGUGGUCCGACUUUGAUUAUUCCGCAUCAUCCGGGUCGAGAGAUUCGAAACCAGAGGAGAGACGGCCGGAGGAGAGACCAAUCUUGAGACCUAGUUUGUCUAGUGGUAUGUCUACUGAAGUUCAUGUGGGAUCUCUGAAGGACAAAAAACGUCGUCCAGGACCUCGUCUUAGCAGUUGUGAUGUUCCACCAUCGAACUACAUGGCCGAUGUCAAACUUAACAGACGGAGUAAAACACUGGGCAGUUAUCCGGAUGACCCCCUCCAAUCCACUCCGGAACACUGAUGAGGACGGUAAACUCGAAACGCAAAUCUCAGAUCACGUGGUCACAGGGUAUUGACCAAUCAGGGGCUACGAUCACCUCAUUAUUACCCAAAUUAGACACUAUUCUGUCUAGUCAUAAAACCAGUUUACACUGGUGUAACUUAAGUCUGGGAGACACGCCCACAUCAAUUCACUAUUAACACUAUCGUGUUCACGCCAAGGCACCCAUAAUAUGUUUAUUUUGCAAACGAGUAUUAUUAAAUUUGUCUAACUUCUCUGUAUAAACGUUAUAAACGAUGUAAAUAUGUUCUUGUUUAUUCAGGGCCCCAUGGAAGACCACUACUUGUUGGUGAAUGGGCUACCCUGUCAAAAGAUUAGAAAUAAAGGGUCUAUGGCAUGGGGUCCCUUGGCGUGGCACUAAAGUACUGUGCAAAUUAUGGCUUUCGUUAUAGUUGUGAAUGUAUACAUUUAGGCAUCCUCUCAGCCGAUGUUUUUAUCUUAGAAUAGGAAGGUAUUUAUAUUUGAGGUAACUUUAUCAAAUCUGAAAGAUUUGAAAUAUAAUUAUCAAAUUGUGUUAUCAAAUAUAAAUGAAAAGUAUUGUUGUAUAAAUAUUCGAUAAAAUCAGGGUUAUUAUCUUUAGUAGAUAAGGUGAUAGGAAAUAGAUUUUUGACAGUCGACGAAUUUGAGAUACAAUUAUUUAGUAUGAUCGUGGUGGGUGGUUAUGCAUGUGAAUAUGCCAAAAUACGAAUCGUUAUACAACAAAGAUGAAGGCAAAUUAUAUAAUAUGGUAAACAAGUUUGAUAAUUUUAAUGAUUACCAACGUAAAUCAAUGAUAUAUUCUAAUUUAAACUUGAAUAGUUUUGGGUUAUCAAUACAUUGUAUUACUGUGAAACAAAUCUGUACGGAACUCAUGAAAUUAAUUCAAAAAUCAUCUAAGGCGGUAGAUUUCUGGUCCUCUGUAGUUAUUUAAAUUGAAAUAUGUUCGUGAUAACUACUUGAUUCAAUUCACUUUAAAUUUAUGUAUAAUACUUUACCAACACCUGUUAAUUUAUUCAAAUGGGAACAUAAAGAAACGACUUGUGUUAUUAUCAUAACAAAACUGGUACCACAUUUUUUUUUAAUGCGAAAAUAUUUAUCCAUUAUGGAAUGUUAUUGAAAUAUUAUUAUGUAUCUCCUUUUGUAGAAAUGGUAAAUUCUCACUCAUUUAUGUUGUAUAUAGUUUUCAUGACGGAAAGGAAAAUGUUACAAAUAUUAAUUUACUACUUCAUUAUGCUUUAUUUGAAAUAUAUAAAGCAACUGUUGUAAAUAAAUUUAAUAAAACAUGUAGCAACGAAAAUGAUAGGGACAUUUUCUUGUUUAUGUUAAAUACAGACUAGAAGUUGAAGAAGAUAAAACUAAGAAAAUAGAUGCGAUUACUACUAAUCAGAUGAAGAUAAUUAAUGAUUUACAUGAAAUGCAUUUAUAAUCUGCUUUCAAGUAAAUACAGAUAUAAAUUUGAUUCUAUUUAAACAUGUGAUGUUUGCUUGUUGUAAAUAAGUAUGUAUGAUGUCAUUGUAAAAAACAUAUUGCCUUAGUUUGAAGAUAUAUAAAUUAAAGUUCCAUAGCGUUUUUAGAAAUUUCUUUUUUGUCUUCAAAAUUAUGGAAAGAAAGUUAAGAGUUUGCACAAUCUUCGAUCAUUUGUUUUGCAUUGCAAUCAUUACUUGUAGGUGAAUUCUUACUAGCCUAACUACUCCGUUCAAAUAAUAUGUCUGAGUUUACGUAUCACGAGUAAGAUAAACAGUAUGUUGAUUUUUCUGCCGGGAUAAUACAAGCAUCAUUAAUUCAAAGCUUGUGAAAAGAAAAAAUUGUUUACUUUUAUUUACUGAUUGGGUAAUAAAGGGUGUCCCCCAUAUCACUUUUUUCAAAUGGAUAAUCAAGUGUCCUCAUAAUGUACUUGUAUGUAAAUAGUUUGAAGAAGUAAUGAAAUAUACUAUUUCAUGCACUUUUAUUAUGUAGCGGGUAAAGGUUUAAUGUAUAUCUAUAUUUUUAUAAGGUUUGAUGAUUUACUUGUCAAAUAAAAUGCUUAAGUCAAAGCUAUUUAGUAAUUUUGCGCACCUGCGAAUAUGCCAUUUUCGUAACGUACAGUAUUUGAAUUUAUAUGUCUCUCUCAGAAUGCCGAUUACAUACAUUUUGCGUUGUUAAGGCGGAUAAACAUUUGAGUUUGUCCAACCGAGCAACACGUUGUAAUCUGUAUUCUGAAUAUUGUAAUACAGAAAUUGUAACAGUUGAAUGUAAUAGUUCUUGUCUAGGCAUGCGACAAAACGGGUAUGCAUUAAAGUUGGACGAAUUACGAGAACUACCUAUGGAAACGAAAGCCAAAUUGCUGUGGUUCUGAUAAAGGAUCCAUACGACGAUCAAGGAGAGGAUGGGAUAAGCCUUUAAACUAUUUGUAUACGACUCUUUAUCAUCGGAUCAGUACAUAGUUUUGUAUAUGAGAAACAUUUAAUACAUGAAUCAUUAAACAAUAUAUUUGUAUCAUGGAAAUUGCAUGUAUAUUGUUUCAGGAAAUAGAAUAUCAUGAGCACUUUUGCGGAAGUUAUUAUCAUUCUAUUUUCAUAUUACCUUAGCUGUUACUGAUCAAAUUCCCAGUACUAGUGCUACAUGUGUGUGUGCGCGCGCGCGUGUGUGGGUGUGUGUAUGUGGGUGAGUUUGUGUGUGUAUACAUAUAUAUCUAUCGCUGCAUUGAUCCCCAUCUUCUGAGAAAAGUGAUAAAUUACAUGUUCUGUUUUCUCUCUUUUACAUUUUUAGUCCACGUUUAAUCGAAAAUGAAUAAAGUAUAGUAAUAAUAAACUGUA